AUGCCGUUUAUCUCCGAGACUGCUAGCGCCAUCAAGCGCCGGUUCGGAUUCAACGACCGAGCCGCCGCGUCGGAGUCCGUACGCGCUGUGCCGUGCACGCCGGAUGCGAGCACCGUCUCGAGGGAGAGCCACACUCAUCAUCAGUCUCAGGUUGUCUCUUCCGCGGUUCGAAGAAUGCCUGAUUUGGACGAAGAUGGAGAUAUUUACGGUGGAUCUGCUCAGAUAUCGAGGUCUCAGAGCUUCGAGUUUAACGAGGAUCCGGCCUUCUGGAAAGAUCACAAUGUUCAGGUUAUCAUAAGAACCCGUCCACUUAGCAGCUCGGAGAUUUCUACACAAGGGAACAACAAAUGCGUUAGGCAAGACAAUGGCCAGGCAAUUACUUGGAUUGGGAAUCCAGAGUCUCGUUUCACAUUUGAUCUCGUUGCUGAUGAGAAUGUUACCCAGGAGAUGAUGUUUAAAGUGGCUGGAGUGCCUAUGGUGGAGAAUGUCGUAGCUGGUUACAACAGUUGUAUGUUUGCCUAUGGCCAGACUGGAAGUGGGAAAACUCACACUAUGCUUGGUGAUAUCGAGGGAGGAACACGAAGACAUAGUGUCAACUGUGGGAUGACACCGAGAGUUUUUGAGUAUCUGUUUUCAAGUAUCCAAAAGGAAAAAGAGGUCCGCAAAGAGGAGAAGCUACACUUUACUUGUAGAUGCUCAUUUCUGGAGAUAUACAACGAGCAAAUCCUUGAUUUGUUAGAUCCAUCUUCUUGUAAUUUACAGCUAAGAGAAGACCACAAGAAAGGUAUUCAUGUUGAGAAUCUAAAGGAGAUUGAGGUUUCAAGCGCCAGAGAUGUGAUUCAACAACUAGUGCAGGGUGCUGCAAACAGGAAAGUAGCUGCAACUAACAUGAAUCGUGCAAGUAGUAGAUCCCACAGUGUGUUUACAUGCAUCAUUGAAAGCAAGUGGGUAUCUCAAGGUGUAACUCAUCAUCGGUUUGCACGGCUUAAUCUUGUUGAUUUAGCUGGAUCUGAAAGGCAAAAAAGUUCAGGAGCUGAAGGUGAACGGCUCAAAGAAGCAACAAACAUCAACAAAUCUCUUUCGACAUUAGGGCUUGUGAUCAUGAAUCUUGUCAGCGUUUCCAAUGGAAAAUCAGUCCAUGUUCCUUAUCGAGAUUCAAAGCUCACAUUUCUGCUUCAGGACUCUCUUGGAGGGAAUUCAAAGACGAUCAUAAUUGCUAACAUUAGCCCAUCUACCAGUUGCUCACUGGAGACUCUAAGUACCUUGAAGUUUGCACAGCGUGCCAAGCUUAUUAAGAACAAUGCAAUUGUCAACGAAGAUGCAUCUGGAGAUGUUAUUGCUAUGCGGCUACAAAUUCAACAGCUCAAGAAAGAAGUAUCUCGCUUAAGAGGAAUUGUUAACGUUGGAGUAGACAAUCAGGACAUUGACACUUUCUCAAUGGGUUGUCCUCCUUCUCCAAUGUCUCUCAAGUGGGAUGGAUUCAAUGGAUCAUUCACUCCUAUGACAACUCACAAAAGGAUGUCUAAGCCAAAAGACUACGAAGUUGCACUUGUUGGUGCCUUCAGGAGAGAGAGGGAAAAGGACGCUGCUUUACAGGCUUUGGCUGCUGAAAAUGAAGCUUCAAUGAAGUUGGAAAAGAAAAGAGAGGACGAAAUACGAGGACUGAAAAUGAUGUUAAAGCUCCGAGAUUCAGCAAUCAAGAGUUUACAAGGUGUAGCUUCAGGAAAGAUCUCUGUUGAAGCACAUCUGCAGAAAGAAAAGACUGACCUUUUGAAGGAGAUUGAGGUGCUACGUGCUCAGGUUGACAGAAAUCAAGAAGUUACCAAAUUCGCCACAGAGAAUUUGCGACUGAAAGAAGAGAUCCGAAGAUUGAAAUCACAAUCCGAGGAUGGUGAACGGGAUAUCAUGAAUCAACAACAGAUUCAAGUGUUACAAGCUAAGCUGCUAGAAGCUCUUGAUUGGAAACUCAUGCACGAAUCAGACUACUCCACGGUGAAGGAAGAUGGAAAUAUCAGCAACAUGUUCUGCUCAAACCAGAAUCAGGAAUCAAAGAAACUUUCAGCGAUCCAAGAUGAGAACGAAUUCCUCCGGAUGCAGGCUAUUCAAAACCGAGCAGAAAUGGAAUCUCUUCAGAAAUCAAUAAGUUUCUCCAUUGACGAGAAAGAGAGACUGGAGAAGCUUGUGGACAGUUUGGCUAAGCAGCUCGAAGGGUUAAGAUCCUCAGGCGUUGUUGGCGAUGAUGAUCAGAUGGAGGUUAAAACAAUGGUUCAAGCCAUCGCCUGUGCUAGUCAAAGAGAAGCUGAAGCUCACGAGACAGCUACGAAGCUGUCGAAAGAAAAUGAUGAACUGUGCCAGAAAAUAAAGGUUCUGAUUGAAGACAACAACAAACUUAUAGAGCUGUAUGAACAAGUAUCCGCGGAAACCAGUUCCAGAGAUGCUUUGAGGAACACCGAGACAGAUGCGUCAAGUAAUAUCGCCGAAGCUCAGAACAACAGUGCUGAAAUUGCUCUGGAGGUCGAGAAAAGUGCUGCUGAGGAACUGAAGAAAAUGAUUGGAAACUUGGAGAAUCAGCUAAGCGAGAUGCACGAAGAGAACGAGAAGCUGAUGAGUCUUUAUGAAAACGCCAUGAAGGAGAAAGAUGAGUUCAAAAGACUUCUCUCUUCUCCUGUCCAAGAGAAGCUUAUUGAAGCUGAUGUUGUUGAUGAUGCCAGUGACACUGAAAUGGAGAUCUGCAACGUUUCUUCUGAUACAUCCACAGAAGAUUUAAACGCUGCGAGGCUGAAACUCGAAUUGGCGCAGGAAAAGCUUUCAGUCUCUGCCAAAACCAUAGGAGUGUUCUCUUCGCUUGAAGAGAAUACUUUAGACAUCAUCAAGCUCUCAAAGCAAAGCAAAGAAGCCGAAGAUAGAGUCAAGGAGCAACAGAAGGAGCUUCGAGCAAUCGAAACCGUCUCUGAUCAAACUGAUGCAAGAAAAGAAGUUGCAGAGAAAAAGCUAGCCGCUCUCAAAUGCUCGUUAUCGAACUUUGUAUCAUCUGCAGCGUACUUUCAACAGCGAGAAGAACGUGCAAGCGCGCGUGUGAACGCAUCUUCCGAUCAUCUAAACAAGAAAAACCAAGAGCUCGAAGUUCUCUCUUCUGACAAAAGAGAAAUCGACGCUGCUAUGGGUAAGAUUCAGCAAUCCGAGGCAGAGCUGAAGAGUAACAUUGUAAUGCUGAAAAUAAAAGUUGACGAAGAGAACAGGAGACACGAGGAAGAGAAAGUUCUUUGUUCGAUUGAUAACAUUGAGAAGAUCAACACACCUCAGAGGAACAUUCUUCUUACUGGGAAAGCCACAGAUCUGCUGAAAUCCGAGGAAGAGAAGACAAAACUCCAGUCUGAGAUGAAGCUUUCUCGGGAGAAGCUUGCUUCCGUUAGAAAAGAAAUCGAUGACAUGAGCAAGAAGUCGUUGAAGCUUGAGAAAGAGAUCAAAACCGUGGAAGCAGAGAUAGAGAAGAGAUCAAAGACGAGAUCCGAGUCAGAGAUGGAACUGAAGAGCACAGUCCAAGAGAAGCAAACUCUUGAGGAGAUGGAAGAAGAAGGGAUGUCUGAAAUACAGAACAUGAUCGUCGAGAUUCACCAGCUUGUGUUUGAGUCAGAUCUGAGAAAAGAAGAGGCGGUGGCUGUGAGAGAAGAGCUCGAUGCAGAGGAGCUUAGAGCGAAAGAAAUGCACAAGGCUACGGUGGAGACAGUCGAAAACGCGUUGAAGACGCUGGAGAAGGAAAAGGAUGGAAACUUUUUGUUAUCAGGAAAGAUUGAAGAAGAAGUAGAAAGUGUUUUGGGUUUGGUUCACGAGGCCGCGAGGUUGCUUGAAGUUUCUCAUUGA